AUGGCCGAUUUAGAAUAACAACUAUAGAAUAAGGUUCACCAUUUCAUUUUAAUUUGAAUGACAAUUGGCAUUUUAUAACAUAUCAAGUAUUACAUAAACUAAUCUCCAUUGUGAUUGGUUCAGUCAAUGUGAGCCAACUUUGAGCAUUCUUUAUAAAUUUUAGAUAUUUUUUUUAUUUAAAAUUAUUUAUUUAGGAGAACAUUUUUAUGCAGUGGUUCUCAAUUGGCAUCACUUCAGGACACAUAAUGCAGUUCCAGAAUAGUUUAUUGUAUGAAAACUACACAAAAAUGUACUUAAAAUCAAACAGAGAAAUUUAAUAAUUGGCAUCUUUUUCGUUAAUAAGUGUCUAUUGAAUUUCAAUGGUUUCAUGCUCCACUGCCAAUAAUUCAUAGCACAAAACACUUUGUAGUCGACAAACCAUGUUUAUUCUUGCUGCAAGUGAACCCAUAUUUAAUGUAGACUGGGUCGCAACCUAUGGGCAUAUGGGCAUCAGUCUAAUCUGGCUAGCUUUUUCCAAGUUGAAUUUAUGCCAAAAACCCACAAUUUGAUUGGACGCAUGACCUUUGACAUAAACAAAAAAUGAGAAUGGGAAGCUUUUUUUUUUUUCUUCAUUUUAAAAGUUGAUAAGCCUAUUUAUUUUACUAUCUAACUACUGUAUACAUUAUUUUAUGGUUAGUAACAUUUUAUUAUUUGAAUUUUGCAUUAUUUUAUCCUUACUAUCUGCUUCCCUAUCAGAACAGAUACAUUUUUGGGUUGCACACCAGCAGCAUAUAAGAUAUUAACUGAAGCACAGGUUUUCUCUUUUACACUGAUUUUUGCUGACUAUAUCUAUGCACAUUAUACCUUGCUAAUAAUGAUUUUUUUGACUUAUUCUGUUUCAGCUCAGACUCUUCCUUAUCAUAAAGCCGUUUGACAGUUCAGGGACAUGAUCCUCUGCACUGUUCCUGACAGCUGGCCUGUUCUGGACUAUGCCGACUAUGGUUGUUAUUGUGGCUUGGGUGGAUCUGGCAAACCUGUGGAUGGGUUGGAUAGAUGCUGCCAAGUUCAUGACAAGUGCUAUAGUGAUGCAUUGCAGCAUGAUAAAUGGUGGCCCAUCCUUGACAACCCAUACACCAUGUCCUACUCUUACAAAUGUGACAAGCCGAGUAAGAAAAUCACCUGCAGCAAUGAGACUCCCACGAUACGGACGUUAUUCCGCCGGCUACGGUUUUCCAUGUCCUCCAACUUCUUCCAGACAUGCUCCAAAUCCACCUUGGUCGCUAGCGGAUUUGCAGAUAAUUCCCUCUCCAAUGACUCCAGAUAAUCGAUCCGUUUCUCAACAUCCCCCACUCUUGUGACCACAUUAGUAAAUUUCGCCUCCAUGGCAGUGAUUGAGCGACAUAUCACAGCAAGAUCCUCCAAGUCAGCAACGACCUUCUUCAGCAUUGCCGACAUGCUCAACAUCUCUUGCCGCAUUUCCCGCAUCUCUCCGACCAAAUCGACUCCCGGGCCCACGGCCUGCUCAGGGGUGUCAGCUUGAGCAC